GCGUCGGCUUCGCCGUUCCGGCAUCCCUGGCCGUCUUCGAGGGCUUCCGGUUCCAGCGCGGUCUGGGUUCCCCGUCUUUACUCAGGAGCUCCUAGGGCUUGUCUUGGCGGGUGUGUACCAAGCUGCCCUGGGUCCUACAGCGAUGUUUCUUAUCUAAAAUCAUAACAGCCUUACUCUCCGAAGUCCUAAAACAACUUGGCAUCUUUUUCACGUUUGUCUAUUUUUGUGAAAGUACAUGUACUUCCGCUUCCGCCAAUAACAGUCCACUCCGUAAGGAAAUUUACAAGGGAGUUACUGAGAUCCUGGUAAAUCUUUUGUAUAGCUAUGAUGGCUUCUACUGGUGAUACCGAGAUCUCUAAGAACCAGGAUGGAGUUUUGGGAAUAAAGAUGGAGGAAGAGUGUAAGUAUACCGCCAGGCAGGAUUGGAGCCCGCAAAAGAACACUUAUAACAGAGAAGUCUUCCGAAAGUUCUUCAGACAGUUUAGCUACCAGGAAACAUCUGGACCCCGGGAGGCUUUGGACCGACUCCGGGAACUUUGCCGUCAGUGGCUGAGACCUGAUACUCACACCAAGGAGCAGAUCCUGGAGCUGCUGGUGCUGGAGCAGUUCCUGACCAUCCUGCCGGAGGAGCUGCAGGCCUGGGUGCAGGAGCAGAACCCCGAAAGUGCUGAGGAGGUGGUGACUGUGCUGGAGGAUUUAGAGAGAGAGCUUGAUGAGCUAGGGUACCGGGCCUCAGUGCAAACUGAAGAACAGAAAGCGUUUUUGCAGGAGACGAAGACUUUAGGAGCAGAGCCAGAGGCAGAGCCAGAGCCAGAGCCAGAACCCAGCGCAUCCCAUCAACUUGUGAAAGCCAGGCUGAAGUGUGAACCUGCAGAAUGGGAAGCCCCAGAGGAGCAAGUUUCAGGCGUUGAGACUGGAAAUGAGUCCAGGAAUAUAACUCUAAAGGAAGACCUUUGUGAAGGAAUGGAAGCUGAACAGAAUACCUCCAGUGGAUUAGCAAAGGAUGCACUUCAGUGUGAGGAAAUCCGUGACCCUGGAGAAGAACCUUCUGGUGCUUCCAGUGAGGACAACCGGCCUCUGCCUAAUGAAAAUGGGACAGACUUGCCUGAGAACUUAGACCAUGUUAAAGACCAGAACGUCUGUCCAGGGCGGAAAUUGUAUGGAUGUGAGGACUGCGGGAAAACUUACAGUCAGCACUCACGCCUCCUCGAACAUAAAAGCGUCCACACUGGAGACAAGCCCUACCGAUGUGAAGUAUGCGGGAAAACCUUCCGGUGGAAGACUGUGCUUAUUCGACACAAGGUGGUGCACACCGGAGAGAAACCAUACAAGUGUAAUGAAUGUGGCCGGGCCUUUGGCCAGUGGUCAGUUCUUAACCAACAUCAGAGGCUUCACUCAGGAGAAAAGCACUACCACUGCAAUGAGUGUGGCAAAGCCUUUUGCCAGAAAGCAGGCCUCUUUCACCAUCUCAAGAGCCACAAAAGGAACAAACCUUACCAGUGUCUAAAGUGCAGUAAAAGUUUCAAUCGCCGGUCCACACUCACUCAGCACCAAGGAGUUCACACUGGUGCGAAACCCUAUGAGUGCAGCGAAUGUGGCAGGGCUUUUGUGUAUAACUCCUCUCUGGUUAGCCAUCAGGAAACGCACCACAAGGAGAAAGCUCUCGCUCAAAGGGGUCCUUCUCGGCGUCAGAGAAGCCGCACCAGGGAGAAGCCCUACACACGCGAUGUCUGUGGAAAAGCCUUUGUUCAAAAAUCAAGUCUUACCGAACAUGAGCAAAUUCAUGCUGGAGAGAGACCCUAUUAAUGUGCUGAGUGUGGGAAGGCCUUUAUUCGAAGGGCAGUCCUCAUGAAACAUCUGGGAAUCCGCUGUGGGAGGCUCCACAGGUGUGCUGAGUGUGAGACUGCCUUCCCGGGAAGCACCGGCUUCAUUCAACAUCAGGGAAUCCAUAGGUGCGCUGAGUGCGGCAAGACCUUCAGACAGAGGUCAGACCUUAGUAAGCCCAGAGAAUUUAUGGUAGAAGUUACCCUCUGAGGGUAACAAGUGUGGGGAAUUGUCCAGGCCGAGCUCAGCUCCUGCUCAUCAGACUGCUCACAAAGGAGCAGGAACUCUUUCUGUGCCGUGACUGCAGGGCAGCCAUCUCCCAGCGUGCAGGACGAUGAGGAAGACUGUAUUUGUACUGCUUUGUGGCCGCACUUCAGCCCUUGGUACUGUAAGAAGACCAUAAAUACUUGAUGGCAUCCACUGUGUCCUGCUCAUUGUGUGGAUGAUGAAGGAAAGAAGUCUUAUCAGCAGAUUUCUUAGAGCCCAGCCAGGGAUAUGAAAAUCUGCCAUAGUUAAAAAGAAAGACAGUGGAUUGAUGCUCAGUGUGUUUUAGAAUUAAAAUAGGAGAAAGUAAGUAUCGCAAAUUCUGAAGAACAGAUUAUUUGUACACCUGGUCAGGGAAGAGUUCCUGAAAGAUUUUAUUGAAAAUAAGGGUAUGACGGAUUGACUUGUAGGCAGAAGGGAGGAAACACAUGUAGGUAAAACAGAGGUGAGCAGAAGCAAGAAUUUGGGUGGUUCGGAAGCAUCAGUGAUGAGAUAGCCAUUCUACUAGAGAGCUGACUUUAAGAGCUGAACCGAUGGGUAUUAGUUGGAAGUAGCUUGGGGAUAGAGUAGGGGAGUUCCAGUGCUAGGAAUGCUAGCCAACACUUGGCAGUGCUUUGACACAGAACACUCUUCUCUUCAUCUCUAAAAUAGCUCUAAGUACAAGUGCAUUUUAGGAGUGAUGUGGUUGUACAUGCUUGUCUAUCUCAGCACUUGUGAUGCUGAGACAGGAGGAUUAGGUUUCUUAGGGAAUUCAAGGCCAGACUGAACUACAUGAGACCUCAUGAAAAAGAAAAGAGGAUACUAGGGGUUGGAAAGGUAGCUCAGCAGAUAUGAGCGCUUGUUGCUCUUGCAGAAGAUUCUGAUCUGGUUCCCAUCACCCAUAUGGUGGCUCAAAACCACCCAUAAUUCCACCUCUUCUGACCUCUGUGGAACACAAGCCACACAGGUGGUGCACAUGCAUACAUGCAGGCAAAACACUCCUACCCAUAGAAACCUAGUUCUUGGGACUGGCUUCUCAGCCUGUCUAUUAUGCCUGUGAAACUCCGAUGUGGUUGGACAUCAGCAUCACCUGGGCAUCAUGUAUUUAAAAUGCCUGUGCGUACUGAAUGAGGCCCUGGGUUCAAUCCCCAAAGCUUCGAAGAUCAGACUCAAAAUAGAGUGGAAUGUGGCUAGGUAAAGCCAGAUUGGCAACCCAGACUAAGGGUCAACUGGAGGACAUGACAGAUGGGAAGUGUGUGAUGGGGUGCCCAGUUCAUGACACAGUGAGCAGAGAGCUGUGUGAUAGCCCCGAGAACAUCUUUUUGUAGUUAUGUAGCCCAGGGUGGUCUCAGGUUUUUGAUAGCCCUCCUACCUCAGCCUUCUAAGUGCUAGGAUUACGGCUCUGAGCUGUGAACCUGAUUCCCUCUGCAUCUUAAUGUAGAUUUUGAAAUGCACAGCAGGAAGCUGGGAGGAAUGGAAGAACAAAAUGGGUUCAAGGCAGAAGUAAUGCAGCCAGUAAUCCAACAGUCAAGAAGUAGCUGCUCAGGUUGUCUGGCUUCUUGUUUUAUAAUGAAUUCACUUUGAGGCAUUUCACGGUGAAGCAAUGCACAUGUGGUUGGGCGGAGCCGAGUCUCUGAAGCCGUGGAAAGACAUAAUCGUAAACACAGGCAGAGUUUGGAUUCCAUUUACUCAAAGUCACGCCGUGCACGGUCAGAUCAGGUUUGAACACAAGCAGCUGUGUUCCAGAUCAUAUACUUUUAAGUUCUUACACAUGGUGCUUAUUUUAGUUGGACAAACUUGCAUUGCAGUGGUAUUCAGGACCCUGCAUAAUUUUUUUACAGACAGUUUCAGCUCCUUUUAGCCUAAGUAGGAAAGCCCAGACCCUCUUCCGAACACCUCAGUAUUCUGGUAUCAUUGUCUCUCCACAGUAAAUCUUGUGCAAUUUGGCCAGUGUCCCAUAAGUGUCAGCCCCAGUGGUAAUCAGGACAGGGAAGAUUUGCAGAAGACCGCCUACCUCAAAAGUGAGCCCUCAUUUAAGGAUCAGCUUUCAUCCUAAAACCGUAAUUCAGACUCUGCCUUCCUAUCAAGAGACCGGGGAUAUCUGACUGUCUUCUCAAUACACAUCAUAUUUAGAGAGGUAGCUCAAAAGGCAUUGACUCAGCACGUCUGUUGUUAACGAGGACUCUUAUACUGUAGCCCUGGCUGGAAGGGAGCCUGGUGGCAUAACUGUCACCCCAGCAAUCAGGAGGCUGAGGCAUGAGGAUCUUUGAACUCAGUAGUGUGGGACUAGUCUGGACAACAGGUUCUGUCUCACAGCAGGAAGAUAGAAAGUAUAUUCUAUAAAAUGGCCCCUGGGAAGCAGCAGUUGUAGAGCGGCUUGCUUAAUCUUGGAUUUGUUUUUUGGCCCUGUAAAGAACGUUUUCAUUUGCUCCAGUUUUUCCUCUUAGAGUUCAGAAGGUGCUCUGUUAAUUCUGGAGGCCACAAAUCCUAGGGUAGGUUAUUCCACCCUGGGAAUAACCACGUGCUAACUUUUACUUGAAUCUCUUUCCAGCUUCUAUCCCCAAUUGAAAGUUCUCAUACUAUAACCCCUUCAAAAACUCAUUUUACUAGUUUUUCAUAUCUCUUCCAAAUGUACUUCAGAAUGAUUGGUAAGGCAAUCUUGCACAUUUUUGUAGGUUUAUACUGUUUCUGUAUAUAUUGUAUAAACAGUUUAUAUUUGUGAAUUUUUAUUGUAGCACAAUUAAUAAAAACCCAGAGACAGAUAUUGGGGUUCAACCUGAAGGUCAGAAAAGCAAA